AUGUUCUGCUGUUUUUCGCUUCCAGAUUUGCUAAUCCUCUGGUUUGCUGAUGUUGCCGGCGCAGCACUCCGUUACCGUGGGCAAACAGGCCAAAAAAUUCCAGAUUAUGCUCGGGCUGCUUCUGAUUUUGUUCAUGCAAUUAUUGUCGAAUUAGUUUUUUUAUUCCAGGCAAUGCUGUUUUUUAACAUUAAUUUGCCUAUAAUUUCUUCAAGUCUUGGAUUUGUUUAUAUGGCAUUGCUAAAUUCUUUGUAUAGUUUUGACUAUAUUUGGAUGAGUAAUGGAGUUAAUUUGAAUUCCCGUAUUGCCCUAAUCGAACGUCGUUGGCCCUUUCAUCUCGGUUUUGGCACAAUUUUAACAAUUGCAACAAAUUAUUCUUCAAAUUUUAUAAUUUCUGGAUGUAUUUUUGGAGCUUUAUUUCCUUUCUUUAUUGUCAGUUCUUGUUUGGUUGACACAGAAAUUCUUUCAACUUUAAAAGGAAAUAAUAAUAAAUUAAAUUUCCCGGCGAUUCCAUUUUAUUGUAUUGCUCAAAAUAUAACAAACAAAUUGUCUUUGGCAAUUUUUGGAAGAUUUUUUUGA